UCAGCCCAACAGCUACCGACUGGGCUAUUAUUUCUCCCCGCGUGCUCUCUCUCGCCGACUAGGCUAUUGCCGCCGCCGCCCUACACCAGAUGCCCAGUUCUUCGUCAGCCCCUUCUCCGGCAACGAGCACCUAACAGAUCUGUGUGGUAUUGUCUAAUUGCCUUGAUGGAAUCCAUUUGCGCUGGAGUGAUAAUUAACAGAGUUGUGAAAAGAGUAAAAAUAAAAUAUUUUUUAUCUCAAAGUUUACGUUCAAAAAGCGAUCUAAUCUCAAAGGAAAAUGUACUGUUAUGAUGUUCAUAUAUUGUUUCUUAGGCUGAAAAAAAAUCAUUGAUACACGUACGCCGUCAGAGGCUGCAGUAUAUUCUGUGAGAAUGGCAUGGGGUCAAGGUGCUAAGAGGUCCAUACUAGGGCUUCUCUUUCGUUCUCAGCACCAAACUGCUCGGGCAUACUCUUCUUCAGCAUUCCAGACUCACCAAUUGAGCACUCAUGUUCCCCAAGAUGGAGUGUUUAUUAGGAGAUUCGGCUCUGAGGUGUCUUCUUCAGAGCAAAUGAACCUUAUUAAGCAACUCAGACAAAGAACGAGUGCUCCAAUCAAAGAUGUCAAGGCCUCUCUAGUUACCUGCAACUGGGAUAUUGAGGCUGCACAGAAGGACCUAAGGAAGAGAGGUGUUGCUCUUGCUGCCAAAAAGUCUUCACGCACUGCUGCUGAAGGUUUGCUAGCUAUCGCACAAGAUGACAAAAGGGCUGCUGUAGUUGAGCUUAACUGUGAAACUGAUUUCGUAGCAAGAAAUGAUGUUUUCCAGUACCUGGCUUCAUCAUUGGCAAAGAUGGCUUUAUCUGCUCAGGGUCCUGGUGAAUUGUUCAUGCCUUUUGGUCCUGAGCUUUUAGAGAACAUGCCUAUCAAUCUAGAUCACCCUAAGCUCAGUGUGGAAACAACUGUCCAAAGUGCCGUUACAGAAGUUGCUGCAAUGGUUGGGGAGAAUGUGAAACUCAGAAGAGGCUUCAUGCUUUCCACAACUGCACAUGGUGUUGUUUCAUCUUAUAUGCAUACCUGCCCUCAGCCAGCUUCAGGUAUGGGUCGUAUAGCUGGAUUGGUCACACUAGAAACAGAAGACAGCAGUACUCUUCUUGAUUCUGUCAAAAGUGUUGGGUCAUCUAUUGCGAUGCAUAUUGUUGCGGCAAAGCCAUUAUUCUUAUCAAAAGAACUGGUUUCUGCUUCGGCUUUAGAAAAUGAGCGUGAAAUACUUCGAACUCAGGCCCAAAGUUCAGGGAAAUCCCAAAUGGCUAUGGAUAAGAUGGUGGAAGGACGAUUGAGGAAGUACUUUGAGGAAGUUGUGCUCAUGGAGCAAAAAUAUGUUUUAAAUGACAGCACUAACAUUAAGACCGUGCUGAAUGACUUGUCGAAAGAGGUUGGUUCUAAGGUAACAAUCGGUAACUUCAUCAGAAUGGAGGUUGGCGAAGGGAUUGAGAGAACUGAAGCCGCUGAUGGUUUAGAGGUUGCUGGUGGCGCUAUGUAGAUUCCAGGCAGAGAUGGUUCGAACGAGAUCAUUAGGAUCUAUAUGAAGGUCCCACUUCUCUAAAGUUGGGGGGCCUUGGUUUUUUCCAAUAAAACUUUUGGGCUCUCAUCUUUGCUCCAUUGGAUUGUUACAGGUGUGGGCUAGGACGGAGAUAAUGUUUAGGCAGGCACUAGCGUUCUGGGACCUGCGAGGCUGCCUAGUUGAUUUGUCAGUUCCUAGCUUGUUUGGUUACAGUUUUGGUUGAACCCUCUCUGAUUGAAUUACAGUUCGUGUGGACGUAUAAAAAAUCGAAAUAGAGUGGGAAUUGCCCCUUGAACUUUUUGCACUGAGUCUGGAGUGAAUUAGUGUUAGUGCAAAGUAGUUGUUUUAGCUGUCAUUUUUGUAUUAAUUAAACUUUGCUAGAAUGACUUGUGAGUUUGUAGGAUACCUUUUGCAGGCUAUUCA